ACGGGCUGUAGAUGGAGCUGUCCGGCCCCGGCGAGGGGGAAGGCGCCUGGAAAACGUUCUUCUUCUCCCUGGCCGGCCCGAGCGGGGAACAGCACUCCCAGGAUGCAGUUUGUGUCAACACGGCCGCAGCCUCAGCAGCUGGGCAUCCAGGGCCUGGGGCUGGACAGCGGGAGCUGGAGCUGGGCCCAGGCGCUGCCCCCGGAGGAGGUCUGCCACCAGGAGCCGGCGCUGCGCGGGGAAAUGGCCGAGGGAAUGCCGCCCAUGCAGGCUCAAGAAUGGGACAUGGAGGCCCGGCGACCGAUGCCUUUUCAGUUCCCACCUUUCCCAGACAGGGCACCCGUCUUCCCUGACCGCAUGAUGAGAGAACCCCAGCUGCCCACAGCCGAGAUCUCACUCUGGACCGUGGUGGCCGCCAUUCAGGCUGUGGAGAGGAAGGUGGAUGCCCAGGCAAGCCAGCUGCUAAAUCUGGAGGGGCGGACGGGGACCACGGAGAAGAAGCUGGCCGACUGCGAGAAGUCAGCCGUGGAGUUCGGGAAUCACAUGGAGAGCAAGUGGGCCGUGCUGGGGACCCUGCUGCAGGAGUACGGGCUGCUGCAGAGGCGGCUGGAGAACAUGGAGAACCUGCUGAGGAACAGGAACUUCUGGGUCCUGCGGCUGCCCCCGGGCAGCAAGGGGGAGGUCCCCAAGGUCCCCGUGACGUUUGUUGACAUUGCCGUUUACUUCUCGGAGGACGAGUGGAAGAACUUGGACGAGUGGCAGAAGGAGCUUUACAACAACCUCGUGAAGGAGAACUACAAAACCCUGAUGUCCCUGGACACGGAGGGUCCAGUGCCCAAGCCAGAUGCUCCCGCUCAGGUCGAGCCCAGGGAAGAGCCUUGCGUGUGGGAGCAGCGUGACGCGGAAGAGAGAGAAAUCCUAAUGGAUCCUGACACAGACUCGCCAGCCUCUGCCCAGGACCUCUUGUCCCGGAUUAAACAGGAGGAGAACCCGUGCGUGUGGGAUCAGCAGGAUCUGUCCGAGAGAGAUAUUCCAGCGGACCCCAAUUCAGAGUCUCUGAUCUCAGCACAUGACAUUUUGUCGUGGAUCAAGCAGGAGGAGCAGCCGUACCCAUGGGGCCCACGUGACUCGAUGGAAGGAGAGCUCGGAUUAGCUUCUGGUCCCAGUGACGGCCUGCUGCUGGUGAAGACCCCGGGGGCGGCCCCGCCGCAGCCCCCGCCGCAGGCGCAGCCCCAGCCGCAGCCCGGCCCGCCCAGCCUGCCCCCGGGGCCGGCGCCCGAGGGCGCAGGGGGGCCGCCGAGCCGCGGGGCCGGGGCCGGGGCCGGGCUGCUGGACGACGGCUUCGCGGGGCUGGCGGCGGAGCGCGGCGCGGGCGAGGGCGGCGGGGGCUGCGGCAGCUGCUGCGCGGGCGGCCUCCGGCGGGGCCUCCUGCUGCACGGCGCGCGCAGCAAGCCCUACUCGUGCCCGGAGUGCGGCAAGAGCUUCGGCGUGCGCAAGAGCCUCAUUAUCCACCACCGCAGCCACACCAAGGAGCGGCCCUACGAGUGCGCCGAGUGCGAGAAGAGCUUCAACUGCCACUCGGGCCUCAUCCGCCACCAGAUGACACACCGCGGCGAGCGGCCCUACAAGUGCUCCGAGUGCGAGAAGACCUACAGCCGCAAGGAGCACCUGCAGAACCACCAGCGGCUGCACACGGGCGAGCGGCCCUUCCAGUGCGCGCUCUGCGGCAAGAGCUUCAUCCGCAAGCAGAACCUGCUCAAGCACCAGCGCAUCCACACGGGCGAGCGGCCCUACACGUGCGGCGAGUGCGGCAAGAGUUUCCGCUACAAGGAGUCGCUCAAGGAUCACCUGCGUAUACACAGUGGUGGCCCCGGGCUUGGUGCCCCGCGACCCCUGCAGGCGCCUCCAGAUCGAGACUAGGGCUGGGCUGGGGGAGGGGAGGCCCCGCGACAGGAGCAGGGGUGGGUGCAGGCCUGGGGCGUCCUGAGGACCCCCGAUCCUGCCGGAGGGUCUCGGCGCCUUCCCUCCCUCUCCCCGCCACCUGUAGGAAAUCGGGAACAGGAAUUGCACUCCAGACAGGGUCCCCUGAGGUUGGGCAGGGGUCCCCUAAACCUGUUGGGCCUGAGUGGACAGCCCAGCUCAUCUCAUAGGGUGGACCUAGGGGCCACCGAGUGGCUUCCCACAGCAAGAUGCCAGAGGGACAGUGAUGAGGUGAGAGCUUUCGGGCAGCCCCCUCAGACACCUGGUGUGCCCCUUUGGCCACUGUGGUCACAGAUCGUGAUCAGGGGAAGCAAGCAGAGAGUCUUGGAAGCCUUCUGAAAUAAAGAAAUAAGGUCCUAAGGUUAGGAGAUGCUGCAAAGGAAGCAAAGGUACAUGGAUGAGAUGAGGGAUGUGCUAAGGGUAAUAACAUCUCUGCGAUGACGACACUGCCUCCCGUUUGAAUAGCGCUUUAUACUUUUUUAAACGUGUUUUCUAUCCGUUAUCUGUUUUCACCCUUAGCCUAUCCUCUGAGGUAGGUGGGGUAGGACUUUCCUGCCGGGGCAGCUGAGGAAAAAGACCUAGGUGAGAUGGUUCACCCAAGAUCACAGGAGAAGAGAGUGGCAGGGCUGGGCGAGGGCUCCUCAUCCUGGGCAGUGUCCCCCACCACGCGCACUGCCUACCUCUGGGGUCUGAGCGACGUCUUUGGCCUGGCCGCUCUUGGUCUCUCUCCUCUCUCCUUCCCCUGACCCACCAAAAAGAACCAGAAGCAACGGGGCUGACUCUCGGAGUUCCUGGGACGAGAGCAGACUGGCUACCAAAGGCCCUGGCUUGGGCGUCCGAAAGGCUCUUCCUACGUGGGGUCCUGGGUGGGUGGCCCAGCCUGUUCUUCCCACCUCCAGUUCCUCAAUCAGUGGCAGCCCCUUGUCGCUACACAGAAGUGACCCAGCCCUCUGGAGGCAGCUGGUGCCCAGGGUCGGACCUCAGCCUGACGCUUAAUUCCAGCUUCCCCAGGGCAGAGGGCUGAGGGAGAGGCCCGUGCUGCAGGGGCAGCCUUCACACAAGUGGGUCUCCCCCCAGGAGGGCUGGGCAAGUGGGUGCUAAAGGCUGGGAGCCUCUGUCUCUCUCCUGCCCUGAGCCUCCCAACUGGUGCUAUCUGUUACCUGACCUUGCUCAUGGACAUGGACACAGACCCAACCUGCCCUAGACCCUGCAGACGCUUUGGGAGGCACCCUGAGGACUCCCUUGUAUUGGUGCAUCUGCUCUUUGGUCCCGAGGAGCCACAUGUUUUGCAUGACCAGGCACUGGUGUGGGGUGCUGUGUCCCAAGACCCUUGUUUGUGUCAAGAAUGACUUUUCCUGCUCCUCCCAUCACAAUCCCGCUUCUCUCCCAGCCAAGGGAGUACAGUGGGCAGCCAGCGCCCACACCACGUUUGUGAGUGGUCUGCUUCAGCCUUCCCCUCAUCUGCGCCUCUCUGCUUUCCUCAGACUCCUUUUUGCCGUGCAAAGGGAACUCUUGGAAUUAAAUAAAAGGUGUCCAGAUUGCAGACUGCAUGUUCGCAGGGCCAGAGGGUUCUCCAGCAUGGCUUCGUGCAGUAAAGCCUCAGUGAACUGGAAUCUGGCUAACGGGGAUUUUUUCCUUCAUUCUACUUUCUGAAGGAAGCAAAUCUUAAGAGGAAGAGAGGUGAGAAAUUAAUCAUAGACAAGUUCAAUGGCACUUUGUUAGAGCAGAAGGCAACCCUCUAGUCCAAUGGUUUGGUUGGGAGGGGACCAUAUUCUGCUUUUCAAAAGUGUGUGCAGAAUAUAAAUAUUUUCAUAAUCAAAAUCAUGGAAAAUAAGACCAACAUAUCUUUUUGGCCAUUGAGAGUAUAAAGGGGAAGAAAUCGCUACUGAGACAUGGAUUUGAAGCUCCUGAACAGUUAGUCUAUCCCUUUAUCUUACCCUCAGGGAGCUGAUUCCCAAAGAGGUUUAAUGUUUGAGCCAGUGUGAGGGGCAGGACUGUCUCGUUCCUGUGUGCUGGUCCGGCGGGUCCCACUGCCCCAAGUGCCCCUCAGCUUUACCACGAGGCACCCCGGCCUCCACAGUGACCAUGGGAGUGUCCUACGGUGAGCUCCACCCCCAGAGCUGAUCCAAGGUGGUGACCCUCGGGGUGGACCUUCCCCAGGCAGCCGGGACCCUCAGUGUGGACCCUGGAGUCCACCUCCUGAAGCAGGUCAGGGAACAGGGGGCCUGCUUUAGGGGUGGAUUUUUAUUUUUCUUCUGAUUUGUGUUAAUUAAAAUUAACUAAUUUAAAAAUAA